AUGGCCUCUGUGAACAGCUUCCCCACGAUCAAGGCCGUCAAGACCUUCGUCGUCCAGGGCGUUGGCUCUGGUGGUGACUAUCACAAUGUCAAAGGCGGCCAUUGGCUGAUCGACUCCAAGAUUGCGACUCCCAUGUCUGGAUACGACAAGUACCGCAAGUCGCGAACCUCGUUUGGCAUCAAUGUCCUUGGCUCCUUCUGCGUUGAGAUCGAGUCUACAGAUGGCAAGAAGGGUUUCGCUACAGGUUUUGGUGGUCCACCAGCAUGCUGGCUUGUUGCUGAGCACUUUAACAGAUUCCUGAUUGGCGCUGAUCCUCGUGAUACGAACCUACUCUUCGAUCAAAUGUACCGAGCAUCCAUGUUCUACGGACGAAAGGGUCUUCCAUUGGCUGUCAUCUCUGUUAUCGAUCUGGCUGUCUGGGAUCUGCUGGGCAAGAUCAGAAACGAACCCGUAUACAAGAUGAUUGGAGGUGCAACAAGAGACAGACUCAACUUCUACUGCACCGGUCCCGCACCGUCUGCUGCUAAGAGAAUGGGCUUCUUCGGCGGCAAGGUCGCCCUUCCAUACAGCGCCGCCGAGGGCUUCGAGGGCAUGAGAAAGAACAUUGAAUACUUGACCGAGAUGCGCGAGAGUGUUGGUCCCGACUUCCCGCUCAUGGUUGAUUGCUGGAUGAGUCUGACGGUACCCUAUACCAUUGAAAUCGCUGAGAAGUGCAAGCACCUUAAUAUCAACUGGUGGGAAGAGACUCUUUCUCCCGACGACUUCGACGGCCACGCUCUUCUGAAGCGUGCUCACCCUACAAUCAAGUUUACCACUGGUGAGCACGAAUACACCAGAUACGGUUUCCGCAAGCUCAUCGAGGGUCGCAACCUCGACAUCCUUCAACCUGAUGUCAUGUGGCUAGGUGGUUUGACCGAGCUGCUCAAGGUGUCGGCUCAGGCCGCUGCAUAUGAUAUUCCUGUGGUCCCUCACGCAAGUGGUCCUUACAGCUACCACUUCGUUGUCUCACAGACAAACUCACCAUUCCAAGAGUACCUUGCCAACUCUCCUGAUGGUCAAUCGGUUCUGCCUGUGUUCGGUAACCUCUUCCUCAACGAACCCAUACCCGAGAAGGGUUACCUUGACGUGUCCGUUCUGGACAAGCCCGGAUUUGGUCUUGAGGUCAAUCCUUCUGCUCCUUUGAUUGAUGCCGCUGGCAUCCUCAACCCUGCCCCUUCAAAGUCAUUGGCCGACCCCACGGCUCCUGAAGGUGUCCAGAACGAGAAGACGGCGUAA